AUGGCGAUAGCUUACCCUCAGGUGAACCACGAGUUCGGUUCCCCGUUCUUACAUGAGAAAAUGUUUAGUACGCAUCUGCUAGACGCCAACAACCGCUGCGCCAACACCGCACCUGACUGCAGGUUCAACAACGCAACCCACUCUGGAAUUCACCUGCCUUCCCCCACUGUCUGUAAUUGUUGCGAUUAUUGCUUACCACUGUACAGAAGAGACCAGGACUGCAGUAUAGGUGGACCAGGAGAUGGUAUCACCAUUGGCAGAUGCGGGCAUGGAUUAACGUGCGAUCAGGAGACGAGGAAAUGCGUAAGAAUGAAAACAAAAUGCCACGAUUUACAAGACGAUUACGAUGCGAGAUUUUCACGCGGCGAAGUGGGUGCUUUUGAAAAACGGCCAUAUUGCGAUGAGAAAGGGAAGUUCGCGGCAUUCCACUGCGUGCCUACGCAGACAUGUUUCUGUCAAUCUGAAGAUGGUGAUCGUUUAUUUGGCGAAGUCUUAUAUACCGGUCCUUUACAGAAUAUGCCUUGCGGUUGUUCCCGGUUCCACGAAAAAAUCAAGAAGUUAAUUGAUAGAAAGGUUCAGUUCCCCGUAGCUGGACCAAAAUGUACGUCGGAUGGGAAUUUCAAUCCAGUUCAGUGUGUCGGGAGAUCAUGUUUUUGCGUGAACAGAUUAACUGGAGAGAGUGUGGGAAGCGAGAGGAUUAAUUUGGAUGAAGAACCAAUUUCAGAGUUAAGCUGUUAUAACGAGGAGCUGGAUUUGUUCCCUGAAAUAUUUGAGGGUGAUCCGCCCUACAACUAUACGACUCCAUGCUUCAUUAAUAUUGAAAACAAAAAGAGAAUCAUACAAGAAAGUGAGGAAGCUGGUUUUAUUAUGGACUACUUCAACUCGUUCGAUGACAUGGAGUGUCUCCCAGAUGGUACAUCUAGUCGUAUUGGCAGAACACCAAAUGGAAGUAAAAUAUGCAUAAACGAACGUUCGGCAAGAAUUGGCGAUUACGAAGCGCACCCCUAUACUCCGGAAUUUGAAUCCAUGGAUUGCAAGUGUGCGUUAACUUCAUCAUUGAUGAGUUCACAAGCAUCACAGCCGGUGUGUUGUAAAAAUGGAAACUUUAGACCCAUCCAAUGCUACCGGGGUGUGUGUCGUUGUGUAGACUCUGAUGGGCGACAAGUGGGCAAAGAAGAGUCGAAUGUGCGGAGUUUGCAAUGUUUCACGCAAGACUGGCAACAUUGUUGA